GAGCGGAAGGAAGGAUCGCACAACCAUCCGCAGCUGGGGGCGCUUCCAGAACAGAGAACGCGCCAUGGUCGGGUCAUGCGACAACUAUUUUUUUCCACUCAUUUCUGAGAAUGUGAAACGCAAGUUAUUGGGAGUCAAUGUUCUCAUGGCGGUGAACACCAUCUUGAUGGGAGUCAUGGUCAGCAUAGCCGCCUAUGGCCGUCGCUAUCGCCGGCAUAGGCUGACUCGCUUCAUCUUCCUGGGCGCCACCACCUUGUUCCUGCCCAUCGUCUCAUAUGUAGUCUCCGCUGUUAAUAGUGAGAGUACUAUCGCCAUUAUCAAAGAGUCCAAGAGAGAGUACAAAGGAACGAUAGCAGCGGACUGCGAUCCAAGGGAUCACAUCACCCUUCUCUUACUAUGGACUGGUCUUGUUCAGAUUGUUGGCAUCAAUACCACUGCAAUAGUUGCCAGUGAUGCUAGAGAAGGUCGAAAUGUUGGUCCUUCUGUAGUACUGCUUGUGCAAGCAAUGUGGACAUCCUAUCUCGCGAUCUAUCAGCUGGUAGGACACCAUGCAAACUACGAGGAUACAUUUGGUAGCACGAUAUUUAAAGGACAAUGGAUGGUUAUUACACUCUUUACCCUCGUCUUUGCAAAACUAAUUUUGAAGUAUUAUGCAUGGUACAAGGCCGGACAAUCGUUAAUGCUUGGACGCAGCCCUCGUUUUAUCGUUGGGUACAUGGAACGAGAGUUACAAGAUGGCGAGGUUGCAAGUGGGACUAUACCUCCCUCACUUGUAGUUGCGGGAGAGGAUACUGUCCUGGUGAAGCAGCAGACUCGCGGUUACAUCUUCCAAGGGACGCCCAACAAAGGCCUAGUUACUCUUGACAGAGUGUGGGAGUUGCAUGAUGACAGCCUCAGAGAUGUAUGCUUUGCAUUCUCAUUGUUCAAGCUGUUAAGGUGUCGAUUUGCAACAUACACAGGUGCUGAGUAUGGCUUUCAGAAGGCUCGCAACUUCUUGUGGCAUACAUUGCUCGUGGACAAGAGUGAUGAGAGGCUGCUCGGGGUGAUUGAAUGUGAACUUUCUUUUCUCCAUGACUACUAUUAUUCAUCACUCCCAGUCUCAUAUUCAAAGAGUUUGCUGCCCAUCUUUAGUAUCUUUAUUUCACUGAUAAGCAUCGUUAAUACCAUCAUUACAUGCUGCUACCUGGUGCGUCCUAAUGGAAAUAUGAGUACACCGGGUCAAAAAAGAAAUAUGAGCACAAAACAGUUAUUUUGUAUAUGCAUCUGCAAUAGUGCAGAUGAGACCCUUCCUGGAAGUCUAUAUCUUGGGCGCCCUUUAUACUUUGAUGCCGUGCCGGUAUUUUUAAUGUCUGCACUGGUUAUGCUUACGGAGGUGACCGAGAUUGCUUCUUAUAUCUUCUCAAAUUGGACAAAAGUUGUCCUAAUAUGCUCCCGCGUAAGGCACGCUUCUUGGCAGCAAUCUCCUACCAUAGAAAAAUGUGUUGGCGAUGUGUUGCAAUGUAGAUGCAAGCUGUUCAGGCAAUGGGGGGAUAAAAUGAACCAGUGCUCAAUCUUAGUGCUCUGCACGCAGAGAAGUCCGGUGCCUCUUCUCCGCCGUCUCAUGGAUCUACCCGACCGAAACAAGAAAAUACCAGCAGCGGUUAAGAAAGCUAUUGUCAAAGCACUAAGAAGUCACGAGACCAGCCGAAGCAACAACGGUGUGACUUAUCUGCCAAGGAUUCUUCAGCUGAAAGUCGGUGACAAACCUAUUGGGACAUUCAACAGGGCCGAUGGUAUUGCCGCUACCAUGCUGGUGUGUCACAUUGCGACAAGCAUUUUUGAAGAGAGGACUCGGUCACGCCAGAUUCCGUCGAACGAUAAGGUUACUGCUAUUCACCUCUCAUGUUAUUGUGCAUACUUGGUAACCUACCGCCCUGAGCUACUUCCUGAUGACUACGAGUGGUGCAAGAGCUUGUACAAGGCCACAAAGAAGGAUGCCGGGCGCCUCGCUGGCUGUAUUCCUGGCACAACACCUGAAGAAAAAUGUGACAAGCUGGUCGACCUGCUGGUUGCAAGAUCAGAGGCGAGAUCCAAGCACGGGGUUCUCAGGAAUGGUGCGAUGCUUGGAAAGCAAUUGGCAGAUUUGGUCAAAGUAGAGCAAACGGAACUGCUCAAAGCAGAGGAGAUGGUGUGGAAGGCCCUCGCAAGCUUUUGGUCGGAAAUGAUCCUAUACGUUGCUCCGUCGGGCAACAUGGAUGGGCACGCCAAGGCUAUUGCCCGGGGCGGUGAACUGAUCACGCUUCUGUGGGCGUUGCUCACACACCUCGGCAUUGACAUCAGGACGGAUGACUCUGAUGCACCCGCAAUUGCUUGAACUUACUUUCCUGUUCAGAAAGUUUUAAUUCUUGGUGAUGGUGUUUAGCUGUGCCAGCUGGAUUUUGUCCUUUUUUUGUUGGUUUUUUCAUAUGUAUACUCUAUAUCUGUGGUAUUCUAAACACAUCUCUUCUAUACUAUCUUUUUUUAUUUAGAACUGGGUUCUUGCUUCUUC